AUGAUUGGAAAAAAAUUGUUGUUCUCGGAUGAAACGCACUUUGAAGUGAGAAGUCAUCGAUCCCUCUUUGUACGGAGAAACAAAGGUAACAUCAAUCAACUAAAAAAUUUUACUCAUAUUAUCUAUCUAUCUAUCUAUCUAUCUAUCUAUCUAUCUAUCUAUCUAUCUAUGUGCGUCCUUAUUUUUCUUUUGUACCUUUUCCUUUUCUUUUUCAAUUCAUUUUUAUCUCUUUCUCUCUCUCUCCCUGUCUUACAAAUAUUUCCUUUUCUCCUCUUUUCUGGUGGCUUCUUUUUUUCCUUUUUUAACAUCUCUUAUUUCUUUUCUCUGUCCCCGUAUCCCAUCUCCUUGCAACACUCUUUCUUUUCUUCCACACUCCUCCACAUUUUACUCUUUCAUAAACACUCUCUCUUUUCUCUGACUGAUUGUUUCCUUUUUUUCCUUUCUCAUAUUCCCUCGUCUACAUUCUCUUCUCUUCUUCUUCUUCUUCUUCUUCUUCUUCUUCUUCUUCUUCUUCUUCUUCUCCUCUUUCACCUUCUUACAAUCCUUUUCUUCUUCUUUCUUAUCAAACUGUCUUUUCUUUCUCAUAUUCUCUCGAUUUUAUUCUCUUUCCCCUCUUCAGAUCUAGUUGUUUCUCUUUUAUCAUUUCUUGCUCUCUCUCUUUUUUUUCAAUCUUAUACUUUCCAUACUCUAUAUCGUCUUAUAUUCGCCUUACCGCUGUCUUUUGUUUUUUUUUUUUUACAGUCUCCGUCCCUCUUGUCAAACUUGUAUUUUAUCUUCGUCGUCUAA